AUGACACUGAAGGAGAAGAAGAACAUUGAUCAUUUCGAUUUGAAGGACAAGAAGGUCCUCCUCCGUGUGGACUUCAACGUUCCCGUGAGGGAUGGGAGGAUCACGAACGACCACCGCAUCCGCUCCGCACUGCCGACGAUUCAGAAGGUGCUGCAUUCUGGCGGCAGCUGCGUGCUGAUGAGCCAUUUUGGCCGGCCAAAGGGCACGCCGAUGAGUGCUGCUGCUGCUUGCGUCGACGGCAACGUGCCUGGAUACGAGGCGGGAGCGACGCUGAAGCCUGUGGCAGAACGCCUCCAAGAACUUCUUGAUCUCCCGGUGACGUUUGCGCCGGAUUGCCUGAACGCGGCAUCUAUUGUGGAGAAGCUUCAGCCUGGCGGCGUUGUGCUGCUGGAGAACGUGCGCUUCUACCAUGAGGAGGGAAGUAAGAAGGAGGAGGAGCGUCACGCCAUGGCGAGGGUUCUGGCGUCGUACGGCGAUGUUUUUGUCAGUGACGCGUUUGGCACUGCCCACCGUGACAGUGCGACAAUGACGGGUAUUCCCAAGGUGCUUGGUUGCGGUGCCGCGGGCUACCUGAUGGACAAGGAGAUCUCCUACUUUGCGAAGGUGCUGGGUAGCCCGGCGCGGCCGUUUGUGGCGAUUGUGGGCGGUGCAAAGGUGAGCGACAAGAUCCUUCUGCUGGACAACAUGCUGCAGCGCAUUGACUACCUGCUUAUCGGUGGCGCGAUGGCGUACACGUUUCUGAAGGCGCAGGGCCACACGAUUGGGAGCUCGAUGUGCGAGGAGGACAAGCUGGAGCUUGCACGCUCGCUGUUGAAGAAGGCGGAGGAUCGCAAGGUGACGCUGAUGCUACCCGUGGACCACGUGUGCCACACGGAGUUCAAGGCUGUAGAGUCGCCUUUGGUCACGGAGGGGGUGGACAUUCCUGACGGCUACAUGGCGUUGGAUAUCGGCCCCAAGACGAUUGAGAAGUACGUUGAGGUUGUACGGAAAUGCAAGAGCGCGAUCUGGAAUGGCCCGAUGGGUGUUUUUGAGAUGGAGCCGUACUCGAAAGGCACCUUUGCGAUCGCGAAGGCGAUGGGCGAAAGCACGCAGGAACUGGGGCUGAUGAGCAUUAUUGGCGGCGGUGACAGCGCGAGUGCGGCGGAGCUGAGUGGCGAGGCCCCACGCAUGUCGCACGUGUCGACCGGUGGUGGGGCGUCGCUGGAGCUGCUGGAAGGCAAAGUCCUCCCCGGUAUCGCCGUGCUGGACGACAAGGAGUAG